AUGCAGACUGCCAGAGAGAGAGGAGCUGAUGUGCUGCUUUUCAGUGAGCAGUACAAGAAGCCGGGAUUCUCUGUCUGGUUUGAGGAUGCAUCAAGAAGAUCAGGUAUACAGGUGUGUAACCCGGACAUCACCAUUGGUGACUUCCUGGAGACAGAUAAGGGGUUUGUUUGGGUAGAGGUGGCAGGUGUACGUAUAUACAGCUGCUACUUCUCCCCAAACGAUCCCUUUAAAAAAUUCGUUGCCGAGGUUCAAGCUCUUGAAGAAAGCGUUAGAGCUUUCGGCGGUGAUGUCCUCAUUGCGGGAGACUUCAAUAGCAAGUCGCCGGAAUGGGGAGAGAGCCGCUUAGACAGGAGAGGAACCUUGGUAGCGAAUAUGGUCGCAGCGAACGAUCUAGUGGUGAUGAACCGGGGUCGGAAGUUCACGUUCAGGCGCGGGGUAGCAGGGUCGAUCAUCGAUUUGACAAUCGCGUCGCCCCGCGUGGCUCGUAGAAUAAGAGAGUGGAGUGUACUGGACGAGACGACCAUGAGCGACCACCAGUACAUUGAGUUUAUAGUCUCUGAGAAAAAUCUGGGAGGGAACAAUAGACUGCAAGGUGGCAGCAAGAAGCCCUCCUGGAAUCUCAGAAGACUAAAUAGAGAGAGAUUGGCGGAGUCUCUAGCCGAGUCUCGGUCUAUUCAGGAACUCGGUUGGACGACGAAGCCAAUCACUCUAGAAGAAAAAGUGCGUGAGGCGAGGCGAGUUAUUAUCGCGGCAUGCAGGAACUCAAUGCCUCGCCGGCAGAAAAGAAAAGCUAAAAAAGCUCUGUACUGGUGGAAUGACGAUCUAGCCCGCCUAAGAAGAGAAUGCCAUGCAGCGAGGAGGAAGUAUACCCAUUCUAAGGGAGACCUCCUGCUGCAAGAAGAGUGA